GACCUACGCAACACGACGUGAAUCCACUCGCCGCUGCGUAAAACGCGUAAAAUUCAGACUCAUCAUAUUUGCGCUCUCGUGUUUCGUCAGUGAUGUGAUGCACUAUCCCGUGCCUCCCCUCCCCUACCCACCCCCUACGAGGCAUGUCUUCUCCACACCACUCCUGCUUCCUCGCAUGAAUUUUCCGCGCCGUCGACUCUUCUCCUCCCAGCUGAACAGGCUCCUUCUACUUCUCCGUAGGUUUUUUUUUUUUUUAUUUGGUGUUCGUCCUGCCCACCGCAGCCGCUCGGCAGCUGUGCCCUCUGCUCCUGAAGGCAGUCCCCGUCAUGACCUCCCCUUUCUGCGAUUCUGCCGAAAUUCGCUAAAUGGGCUUCGUGGCUGGUCCGAGGUUUCCACAGCAACUGGCCACCAGCUUUCAUUAUUUCUCUAAUGAGGACAGCCAUAAGGAUUUAACACGGUUCCUCUGUGUGCGUCUCUGAUUUUUGGGGCUGAAUCUCCAGACGCGUUAAAGGUCUGCACAUGGGGGCCGGCAAGAGCAAGCCCAAGGAGCCGGGUGCGCGAUCCAUGAGCCUGGACGGCACCAUCGGCACAGGCUCAGACAGCGGGCACUUUCAUCACCUGAACCCCGCCCAACAGACCCAAACCCCCAACAGGAGCCCUGCGGUCGGGACAGGCAGGCGGGGACAUCAAGGGCAGCACCAACACGCCCCGACAAACACUCCUGAGCUGGUUCUCUUUGGAGGGGUGGACCACACCGGCACCAUCACCUCGCCUCAGAGAGGACCUCUGUCAGGAGGUGUCACUACAUUUGUGGCGCUGUAUGACUAUGAGUCACGGACAGCGUCUGAUCUGACCUUUAGGAAAGGCGACAGGCUGCAGAUUGUCAACAACACGAAAAAGUACAGCUUCAGAGAAGGGGACUGGUGGCUCGCUCGCUCCCUGACAACCGGAGAGAGUGGUUAUAUCCCCAGCAACUAUGUGGCCCCAUCCGAUUCCAUCCAAGCAGAAGAGUGGUAUUUUGGGAAGAUCACUCGGCGUGACUCAGAGAGGGUCCUUUUGAACUUACAGAACAGACGAGGAACCUUCUUGGUGAGGGAGAGUGAGACCACUAAAGGGGCAUAUUGCCUGUCAGUGCUGGAUUAUGAUAACACCAAAGGCCUGAAUGUUAAGCAUUACAAGAUCAGGAAGCUGGACAGCGGAGGUUUUUAUAUAACUUCUCGCACCCAGUUCACCAGCCUACAGCAGUUAGUCUUCCACUACCGCAAGCACUCCGAUGGGCUGUGUCACGCUCUUACAGAAGUGUGUCCUGUGGCCAAACCUCAGACCCAGGGACUGGCCAGGGAUGCCUGGGAGAUUCCCAGAGAGUCCCUCCGCCUCGACCUUAAACUGGGACAGGGCUGCUUUGGAGAGGUCUGGAUGGGUACAUGGAAUGGUACGACACGGGUAGCCAUUAAAACCCUCAAGCCAGGCACCAUGUCUCCAGAGGCCUUUCUGCAGGAAGCACAGGUCAUGAAGAAGCUGAGGCACGAGAAGCUUGUACAGCUGUAUGCUGUUGUAUCCGAAGAACCUAUAUACAUUGUGACAGAGUAUAUGAGUGAAGGUAGCUUACUGGACUUCCUUAAAGGAGAUGCAGGAAAGAUGCUCCGUCUGCCUCAGCUGGUAGACAUGGCCGCUCAGAUUGCAGCAGGCAUGGCCUACGUGGAGAGGAUGAACUACGUCCACAGAGACUUGCGUGCUGCCAACAUCCUGGUGGGAGACAGCCUGGUGUGUAAAGUGGCCGACUUCGGCCUGGCAAGACUCAUCGAAGACAAUGAGUACACUGCAAGGCAGGGAGCCAAGUUCCCAAUCAAAUGGACAGCACCGGAAGCAGCUCUGUACGGUCGUUUCACCAUCAAAUCUGAUGUCUGGUCUUUUGGUGUGCUGCUCACAGAGCUGGCAACUAAAGGCAGAGUCCCCUAUCCAGGUAUGGUUAACCGCGAGGUGCUCGACCAGGUGGAGCGCGGCUACAGGAUGCCCUGCCCGGCAGAUUGUCCCAGCUCCUUGCAUGAGCUCAUGCUUUCCUGCUGGAGGAAGGACCCAGAAGAGAGGCCUACUUUUGAGUACCUGCAGGGCUUCCUAGAGGACUACUUCACCUCCACAGAACCCCAGUAUCAGCCUGGGGAAAACCUAUAGAACCACACACUGAACCGAAACUAGGGGGAGAACCUCAACACAGAACGAUCUGCACUAACCGACCUCAGAGGAGCACCCGUGGAAGGAACUGAGCCUGUGAAAUUCACCUGGGAGGAACUUGACAUUCAAAGCAAAACCGAGACAGAAACCUGCAGAAGUCCCAUCGUGCGCUUCAGAAGAACCCAGAGAACCUCCUUUCUGCAAGCACUCACUGUUUACCGAAGGUUUUCCUGCAGAAGCGAGGUUCAAGGCUGUGAAGGAGAACUCCUGCUGGACUGUGGUUCUGAUUUGAUCGAGGGACUACACUCGCGGUUAAAUGUUCUUUGAGAGGUGCGACUGAUGUGGGAGGAACCGAAUCAGAAUCUACGGACGGAGCGUGAGGGAAAAGAACAGGCAUCCUGUCGAAGAGAGAAGGUCAUGGGAGGAUAUUUCAAUCAGACAUGAGCUGUUUAACCUCCCUCUUUCCCUCUUCUAUUGUGUCUUUACCCUCGUCUGGUACCCUUUUCCGCCCACAGAAGAGCACUGCCACUGUGGCUCAGGUGCCAAAGCAAAGUCUGUCUCUCUUCUUCACGUCCUUUUAUGUCCCUUCCUCCUCUCUUCCUCUAUUUCUGUCUGACUUUCAGUAUCUCUCUCCAGUUUUCUCAAGUGCUGCUUCUUCAAAGUGUCUCCAAAUAACUCAGCUCUGGAACUCUACUUUGCAUCUUUAUUUAUGUUUACUUGGACAAUAUGAGUCCCGUGGUUUCAAGUUUUGUUCAGUGGAGGUUUCUGAUUAUUCUUUAUUUUUUUCUGUGACUAUCGAUGCGCACGGUUGUUAGAACCACUAUCAUGGUAGUGCCAGGGUAAAAGUACUCAACAGGCAGAUUAUGUAACACUGAAAAUUAGGUAAAUUAAAUUUGAAGCCUUUCAUUCUUGUUUAAUCCCUCAAGUUGUAUUUCUUCACAUAUGCAUACACAUGACGGCCAUUGCGGCCAGCUGGGGUCCAACCUCGCUGAUUAAAAAUGAUUUUGAUGCAGGUAGCGUUUAUAUGCUUUGUUGUUUUGACCUUGAUUUUAACUGGAAAGUUGCAUUGAAAAUAAUCAGCACAGUUAUUGUGGCACUAAAGUGCAGUUAUCAGCUCAUUUCCUCUGAGGACUAAAAUCAUCAAACAUUUAUGUGACCUACUAAGAGGCUGAUAUGGCUACCAAACCAAUCAUAUUACUGGUUAACAUUCAACUCGGCUUAAGAUGUGAAGACCCUGAGUGAGAAAGCCUACCUUGUUGUGUGCCAAACAAAUCACAUUUAUUUACUGCUGUCCAUGUAUAUAAUGUUUUACUACCAAGGGGCUUACUUCCAAGGGUUUUGUUUAGUUUUUAAACAGGCAAAAUUUACAAUAAAACUCUGCACCAUUUCCCCUGGAAACAUCACAGAUAAACCUGUCACAGUUUGCUGAAGGAUUUAAAAGGUUUUCUGUUCACUUCACAGCUGUUGUGUCCAUAAAAAUAUGCAACCAGGCGGCCCUAAUGAAACUGUAAAACUUUGAUCAGGUAACCCUAAUAAAACUGUGUUUAUGACUUUACUAUAGGAGUUGAUUUAAAAAAAAAAAACAGUUAGCAUGCUUUUGUGCCGUUCUUCUCUUGACCAUUGGCUGGGUUUGUAUUUAUGCUGUACUGUACAUCAACACAUGUAUGUUUACUUUACUCAAGGUCCAGGUGAAGCGAGGGGGGAUCAUAAACAGACUUAUGAACAUUUGUGCCAUCAACCUAUAAUUAUUAUUAUUUUUAAAAUAUCUUAUCCACUGCUGCCAGUCCUCACUGUCAUACUGUACAUACUGUAGCUCUCUAGAGUUUGUAUCAUGUAAGCCACUUUUCAAAUGGCAGGUAUUUAUGUUGGGUGUCACACAUUUCACAGUGGUUUAGUUUAUGACGUAGUCGAUGCAGCAACAGUAGAUAUAAAGUUAUAGAUUGUUGCCAACAAAUACAGUGAAACCAGUUAUUAAAAUAUGAGCCAUGCAGCCAUAAGAGAGAUGGUCCAUGCCCACUAACACCAUGAAGUUGUUAUCCAGUGAUGAUUAAUCCAGAUGGCUGAUUUAAUAGAUGUGGAUGCUUCUAAAACGACAAUGAAAAUGGAGAUUGGGUUGUGAUAUGAUAAGAAAAAUGAGGUCAAAGAUGUAAAUAGUAAUCUUAAACAAAUGACUGUGACUAUCAUGUAAUUUGUUUUUGUGUAGUUUUUCUUUAAUUGCUCCUCCAUGUUGAGGUUUUUACAGUGACGCACGCCUGCUCCCAAACUGUUUUAAUAAUAAGAUGCUACUGUAAAUGGGGCUUAAGGAAUGUUUUCUUUUUUAAAUAUUGGACUAAAUAUGAAAUCAUAUCUGCAAAAGACAAUUUUCAAAUUUGGCUUGACAUUAUAUAUAUAGACAUAUAUAUAUUUCCGAGAACAUUUUAUCAGUGCUUUCCUCUUUUAGACUGGGAAAUACCCUGUUUGUUCCACACACUGAAACCGUCUGUCAGCCACUGGGACAAUGUGGAAGUUAAUGGGCUCAUGACAAGUAUGAGUAAUGCCAAGGUCUGAUUGGGUUUUCUGUUCCAUAUUAAAGAAAUGUCUGGGUUAUUUUUUAUGUUUUAUUUUUUAUAAAUCUAUGCAGUUUCGGUCUGGCAUUCCUGCAACUUCAUGGCCAUUUUGUUCUCAAAGACAAAAUCAAUAAUCACAAACAGAAGGUGUGAGCAUUUUGUAAGGACUUCUUCUUUUCUUUUCUUUUUGAAUUAUUAUUUUGUUUCCGAUGUAACAGCAUUGAAAUGGGUAUCGUGCCACUUUAUGUUGAUCUUUAAAUGUGCAAUAAAUUAUAUUUCAAAUGUG